AUGGAGCGAGGCGGGGUCAGCCACCGAGGCGGCCGGGGGGACAUGAUUGGUGGAACGAAGCGGCUCCUGGACGCCGCCCCUCGCUCACACAUGGGGACUUUUUCUUUCCAGCUUGAGCAGAAUAAGGAGCUGGGCCCCGAGAGCCGUUUUGCCUCCAGCUCCCCACACGGCAGUGCCGCACUAUGCCCCGGGGCACCGGUUCCCGUAGCGUCUCCUCCGCCGGCCGCACCCUCCGGCGCUGUCUCCCAGCUGCACCCCCCUGCCCCCCGCACCCCUUCCUCCGGGGGGCCGCCAGCCAGCCCAGGACGCAGAUGCUCCUCGGGGCCCUGCUGGCCCUGCUGCUCUAGGCCAGCCACCUGCCCGCCGCAGUGCGUGUGCGACACCCGCCGGUUCACGCCGCGGUCCGUCUACCGCCAGGCCCGCACGGUGGACUGCAACGGCCUGCUGCUGACCCGGGUGCCGCCCAGCCUUGCCCCGGACACCCAGCUCCUGCUGCUGCAGAGCAACGAGAUCACCCGGCUCUCCGGCACGCUCCGGCGCCUGCCGAACCUCACCGAGCUGGACCUGUCCCAGAGCUGCCUGGCCAGCCUGCCCCCCGGCGGCCUGGCCAGCCUGCCCCGGCUCCUCACCCUCUACCUGGAGGAGAACCAGCUCGGGGAGCUGCCCGAGGGCUGCCUGCGGGGGCUGGCGGCCUUGGAGGAGCUUUACCUGAAUCACAACCACCUGGUCUCCAUCGCCCCCUCAGCCUUCCCCGGCCUGGGCCGGCCGCUGCGGCUGCACCUCAAUGCCAACUGGCUGCGGGCCGUGGACCCCCGCUGGAUCCUGCCCCUGCCCCACCCGGAGAUCCUCAUGCUCGGCGAGACCCCCAUCGCCCGGCUGGAGCAAGGCAGCUUCCGGCCCCUGGGGCGGCUGCACAGCUUGGUACUGGCCGGCGUGGGACUGCGGGACCUGCCGGCCGAGGCCUUCCAGGGGCUGGCGGAGCUGGAGAGCCUCUCGCUCUUCCGCAACCGGCUGGCCCGGGUGCCGGCGUCCGCCCGGCGCCUGCCCCUGCUCAAGUUCCUGGACCUGAACAAGAACCCCAUCGGGGAGCUGCGGGCGGGCGAUUUCCGGGGCACCCCGCGCCUGGAGGAGCUGAGCCUCAGUGCCCUGGAGUCGCUCACCGGGGUGGCCGAGGGGGCCUUCACCGGCCUGCCCCAGCUGGCCAAGCUGGACCUGAGCCGCAACCCCCGCCUGGCCUACCUGCACCCGCUGCGCUGCCACUGCCCUGCCGCCUGGCUGGGGCUGGCACGGCUGCGGCUGGUGGACCCCGGGGCCACCCCGGUGCUGGGGGUCCUCCAGCCCACGCUGAGCCUCGGCCUCCAUGCACAUCCACAGCCCCCACCUCAGCUACAUGGCCCAGGUGCCGCUGGGCAGCCAGCUGGUCAACCUGACGCACCUGCAGCCGGCCACGCUCUACGAGAUCUGCAUGACCCUGGUGGCCACGGAAACACCCACCCUGGCCACCGCGGCCUCGCCCCCAGCGACCCAGCGUCCUCCCUGACGACUGCCAUAGCAACAGCAUCCUCCAGAGCACCAGCCUCCCUAGCAACCGCAUCCUUCUCCACAGCAACCGCCGCCUCCCUAGCAACUGGAACCUCUCUGACAACUGCUGCAUCUUCCUUGGCAACUGUUUUCGCUGCGGCAACCGUAGCAUCCUCCCGAGCGACCGAGGACUUCUCCCUCACAACCGCCUCUGCCCCAGCGCCCCCAGGCACGCAGCGGGCCUGCCUGAACGUGACCACGGCAGGGCUGGGGCUGGCAGGGCAGGGGCCAGGUGGCGCGGCCCUGGCAGCCACUACGGAUUCCCUGCUGGCGGCCCUGUGCGCGGUGAUGCUGGCCCGCUAUGCUGGCCGGUGGCUGAGGGAAUUGGGCUACCGGCCUGCCCUCAAGCCCUACCGGCAGCCCCCAGCCAGCCUCCUGCUCAGCGAGAUCUAUCCCCCCCCCAUCAGCCUGGGGGAGGCAGAGGGGGACCCCCUUCCCCUCCCCCGCUGGCCCCCACAUCGACACCUCCAAGACAUGCCUUUGGCAGCCCUGAACCUGGGCAGGAGACACAUGGAAAAAUUUGCAAGGGGCUCAGCCAUGGCUCAUGCAUGGAUUCGGCCCAGCUCGGUCUCCAUGAAGCCGCUCCUGGGUGCCUCGCCAGUGUCUCACAGGUCAUCCAAAGUGCCUGAUGCACCGGGUGGAGACAGCCAGAGCCGAAGGGCCUUGCCAGUGCAAACCAGCAUGAUUACGACAGUUCAAAAGCACCCUGAGGGGAAGGAGGUGGGUCACCCCAGAGAGGCGGACGACACUGCCUUUCAAGCACAAAGGUGUCUGUUGGCCAAUUAG